AUGGCAUUACACUUUCAAAUGAUUCUACCUAUCUCAUUGGUUCUUGCCAUCAUUUUAUCAGGUGAAAGAACUUGUGAAUCAGCAAGAGUAUUCACUAUAGUAAACUAUUGUAAGGAGACUCUUUGGCCAGCUGUAAUACCUGGAGAAAAUUUCAACGGCGGAGGAUUCAUUCUUAAACAAGGACAAUCUUCCGUAUUCAACGCUCCAAUCAGUUGGAGCGGCCGAAUUUGGGCUCGAACCGGGUGCAACUUCGACCAAAACGGAGAUGGACAAUGCCAAACCGGUGCAUGUGGCACCACUUUAAAAUGUGGAGGUGCAGGAAAAACCCCGGCGUCACUAGCUGAAUUCACACUCGCUAACCCUGACUUCUACGAUGUUAGUCUCGUCGACGGCUUCAACGUGCCGAUUUCCGUUAAGCCGAUAAACGGAAAAGGAAACUGCUCAACUGCCGGGUGCGAUUCUGAUCUUAGGUCGACUUGUCCCAAAGAACUUUCCGUUAAGUCUAACGGAAAGACUAUCGGGUGCCGAAGCGCGUGUGAUGUGUUUGAUACAGAUGAGUAUUGUUGUAGAGGGAAUUUCGGGAACCCUUCGACUUGUAGACCAACGUUUUAUUCGAAGAAAUUUAAGGAGGCCUGUCCAACUUCUUAUAGUUAUGCUUAUGAUGAUCCAACCAGUAUUUUCACAUGCACUGGAACAGAUUAUGUCAUUGCUUUCUGUGCUGACAGGAAGAAACCGAUGUGCACUUACCAUGAUCAUGACCUUAAGUGUAGUGGAUCACAAGGCUUGAAGUUGUUGAUUGGAAGCUGGUUGAUGGGAAUGUUCAUAAUGGUGUUUUCAGUUCUUGGAUUCUAG